AUGGGGACCCGUGCAUCUUGCUUUAAAAAGCAGCAUGAGGUACUCAAGGUGGACCGGGAUGUGGACACCAAGUGGGUUCUGGAGAGCAGGGCCAACGUGCCAGCAGGCACCACGCACCCACCGGCUCAGCUUAUCAGCCCGGUCCUGACACUUUCGGAAACGCACGCCAGUGCCCGCUGGGAACUAUGGGGCCAGCCCAGCGGACAGCAACCAGCCAACACGGGACCCACUGCUGGGACCCACCAGGGGGCCCGCCCAGCGGAUGGCAUCCGGCCAGCAUGGGACCCACAGCUGGGACCCACUGCGAGGCUGGCCCAGUGGACGGCAUUGGCCGGCACGGGACCCACAAAGCAGCACGAGAGCGUCCGGGAGAGCAGGCCCGGCAGCAGGGCGCUCGGGGCCCGCCCGAGGCGGGGGCGGGGGAGGGGGCACAAGGUCGCCGCCGCGCGGGGAGCUCAUCCGGCGGCGCAGACGCCCAGCGGCUCCGGGGAGGGACUUGGCCUGGACGCCGGCCCUCCGCUCAUCUGGGGAGGAGCUGGGAGGCCCCAGCUGGCGGCGGUCAGCUCUGGGCGGGCGGAGGUCCCCGCGAGCCGCGGCCCGGCCUGGGCCCCCAGCGACGACAGCGCCGAGGCGCGCUCCCCGGGCUACAGGAGCCAGCGCGGGGAGCCCGGCUGCUCGUGCGCGCAACCCGCGGGCGAGGCGGCGGCGACUGGCUGGGCGAAGGCGCGGGGCCGCCCCGGGGAGCCCCCGGCCGCCGCCGCCGCUGCCGGAGAUGCGGGCUGGCCCAACAAACACACGCUGCGUAUCCUGCAGGACUUUAGCUCCGACCCUUCCUCCAACCUCACAUCCCACUCGCUGGAGAAACUGCCGGCUGUUGCCGAACCGGCCGAAGGAGCCCUGCAGGGGCAGGAUCCUGGCGGCCCCCGUCCUCGAGAUCCCCCACACCGACCACUGCUCCAAGACCCCGGACCCCAUCGGUCGGUGGCACCCCCUGGCCCGAGCGGGGACAGCGCUCUCCUGGCUAGGCUGUUCGAACACCCACUCUACCAGAUGGCCGUCCCACCGCUAACUGAGGACGACGUCCUCUUCAAUGUGAACAGGGACAUCAGGUUCAAUCCCAAGGCGGCAGCAGAGAAUUCUGACUGGCCACGUGAAGGCACUGAAAAUGAAGAACUCUUGCCCACUGGGGAGGCGGCAGUGGACUCCUACCCCAACUGGCUCAAGUUCCACAUCGGCAUCAACCGGUAUGAGCUCUACUCCAGACACAACCCUGCAAUCAAAGCCCUGCUGCAUGACCUCAGCAGCCAGAAGAUCACCAGUGUCGCCAUGAAGUCAGGGGGCACACAGCUCAAGCUCAUCAUGACGUUCCAAAAUUAUGGGCAAGCUCUGUUCAAACCCAUGAAGCAGACGAGGGAGCAGGAGACACCCCCGGACUUCUUUUAUUUCUCGGACUACGAGCGGCACAAUGCAGAGAUUGCCGCCUUCCACCUGGACAGGAUCCUGGACUUCCGCCGGGUCCCGCCGGUGGCCGGCAGGAUGGUCAACAUGACCAAAGAAAUCCGGGACGUCACAAGAGACAAGAAGCUGUGGAGAACCUUCUUCAUCUCUCCAGCCAACAACAUCUGCUUCUACGGCGAGUGCUCCUACUACUGCUCCACGGAGCACGCGCUGUGCGGGAAGCCGGACCAGAUCGAGGGCUCGCUGGCGGCCUUCCUGCCGGACCUGUCUGUGGCCAAGAGGAAGACAUGGCGGAACCCGUGGCGGCGCUCCUACCACAAGCGCAAGAAGGCGGAGUGGGAAGUGGACCCCGACUACUGCGAGGAGGUGAAGCAGACACCCCCCUAUGACAGCAGCCACCGUGUGCUGGACGUCAUGGACAUGACCAUCUUUGACUUCCUCAUGGGGAACAUGGACCGCCAUCACUAUGAGACUUUUGAGAAGUUUGGGAAUGAGACAUUCAUCAUCCACUUAGACAAUGGGAGAGGGUUUGGGAAAUACUCCCACGAUGAGCUAUCCAUUCUGGUGCCUUUACAGCAGUGCUGCAGGAUCAGGAAGUCCACCUACUUGCGGCUGCAGCUCCUGGCCAAGGAGGAGUACAAGCUGAGCCUACUGAUGGCAGAGUCCCUUCGUGAGGACCGCGUGGCCCCCGUCCUGUACCAGCCACACCUGGAGGCCCUGGACCGACGGCUGCGCAUUGUGCUGCAGGCCGUCAGGGACUGCGUGGAGAAGGAUGGGCUGCACAGCGUGGUGGAAGAUGACCUGGGGCCCGAGCACAGAGUACCCCCCGGCAGGUAGUGACCAAGAGCCGCCAGCCUGCCACAGAGGAGGGACACAUGCGUCCAUGCUGUGAAUUCAGUGACUUUAGGAAUAGACAGGCCACUCCCAGAGUCCGGGAACUGCUGGAACGUGAGGUCCUUCGGCGGCGGGUCCGAGAGGACACAGUGUAUUUGUUCCCAAGACCGGAGAAGGUUGGGGAGGGGGCACUCUGUGCUGGUGGACAGAGGCGGCCUGGCGGCGGGGGCGACCCCCCCCUUUUUGUAUGGAAAGGAAGCCUUUACUUACAAUUUUGUAUUUAUACAUGGUGUAUAUGUAUAUAAAUAGAGAGCAACAGCUAUACAUACAGACUCCACCCACCUACCACAUGCACAUGAGAGGGCCGAGCCCACUGGGGCUGAACUCUCCCACCAAGUUCACUCACACUCUGGACGUAACUUGAAAUAAACUCCCUUCUCUCGUCCCUCCUGGGGGCCCUGUAGCCAAGGCUGAGUACCCUGUCUCAGUAUCCAGGAGGCUCCCAAUGGAACCAUGGGCUGGUCGACAGAAUCCUGGUCUCAGAGUGACGUAAAUGACCAUGUCUUCCAUUUCUCAGAGCCGUUCGGCAGCACCGGGCUCUCCCCAGCUGCUGAGAGUGCUGCCCGGCUCCUGACUUUGCUCUGACGGUCAGUGUAAAUAUGUCAUGUGGGCUCCUCCAUGGGCCUCGGCAACAGGCUUAAUUUUGCAGCAUUUUUAUGGAAUAGAUUGCAAUGUGGUAAAAGUGCAAUAAAAAUACAGCAAAUGUG